AUGCUAUCUACACCGGCAACCAAGCAGGCCCUGCGCGCGGGCGCCACCACCUCCAUCUCUAAGAACGCAGUCCGCGCCCUCUCCAUCACAACACCCGCGCAGGCAGUAUCGCAGGAUGGCCAGCAGAAGCGAGGAAUGGCCACCGUCCAGGAUGCACCACCGGUCCACCGACAUGGUGGUCUUCAGGACCAAGACCGCAUCUUCACCAAUCUCUACGGACACCACGGAGCAGACCUGAAGAGCGCGAUGAAGUAUGGUGACUGGUACAAGACGAAGGAAAUCAUUGAGAAGGGUCACGACUGGCUCAUCUCGGAGAUCAAGGCGUCAGGUCUGAGAGGACGAGGUGGUGCUGGUUUCCCGUCCGGCAUGAAGUGGAGUUUUAUGAACUUCAAGGGCUGGGACGAUGACACCAAGCCACGUUACCUUGUCGUCAACGCCGAUGAGGGUGAGCCCGGCACAUGCAAGGAUCGAGAGAUUAUGCGAAAGGAUCCACACAAGCUUAUUGAAGGGUGUCUUGUUGCCGGAAGAGCCAUGAACACCACAGCUGCCUACAUCUACAUUCGAGGAGAGUUCUAUCACGAAGCAGCAGUCCUGCAGCGCGCCAUUCAAGAGGCAUACCAAGCCGGCUUCCUCGGCAAGAACGCCUGCGGUUCGGGGUACGACUAUGAUGUUUACCUCCACCGAGGAAUGGGCGCAUACGUCUGUGGUGAAGAGACAUCUUUGAUCGAAUCGCUCGAGGGCAAGCCAGGAAAGCCACGUUUAAAGCCUCCGUUCCCAGCUGCAGUCGGUCUUUUCGGAUGCCCAAGCACAGUCGCCAACGUCGAAACCAUUGCUGUUGCACCUACCAUCAUUCGGAGAGGCGGUGAAUGGUUCAACAAAUUCGGCCGUGAGCGAAACUCGGGCACCAAGCUCUUCUGUAUUUCUGGACAUGUCAACAACCCAUGCACAGUCGAGGAGGAGAUGUCGAUUCCUCUUCGCGAGCUGAUCGACAAGCACUGCGGUGGUGUCAUUGGUGGAUGGGAUAAUCUCAAGGCCGUCAUUCCUGGUGGCUCCUCCACACCUAUCCUACCCAAGAAGAUCUGCGACGACCAACUCAUGGACUUCGAUGCGCUAAAGGACAGCCAGUCUGGUCUUGGAACGGCAGCAGUCAUCGUCAUGGACCAGUCUACCGACGUUGUUCGCGCCAUCGCCCGUCUCUCGAAAUUCUACCACCACGAGUCUUGCGGCCAAUGCACACCGUGCCGAGAGGGAUCAAAGUGGACCGAGCAGAUCAUGAACCGAUUCGAGCGAGGCCAGGCGCGAGCACGGGAGAUCGACAUGAUGCAAGAGUUGACGAAGCAAGUUGAGGGACACACUAUUUGCGCCUUGGGUGAGGCGUUCGCAUGGCCUAUUCAGGGUCUGAUUAGACAUUUCCGACCAGAGCUCGAGGCAAGGAUACAGGGUCAUGCACAAAAGGCAGGCGGCGAGGCAUUGGCCGGUGGCUGGCAGCAUGAUGCAGUUAAGAAGGGUAUGCUUAUCUCACCAGGGCAAUAG